CCACGGCAUUCCCUUCUGUGGGAAAAGUGCAGAGUACUGUACACGAGUUGGUGGCUAGCAGCUGGAUUCUGGAACCGGGGUAAAAAAGAGAGAGGAAGGGAGGGGGGACAGAGAGGGAGAGUAAAAAAAAAGUGAGGUGGUGCACUGAGGUGCCAGAGUGCAAGAUUGGCAGGGCGCUGGGAACAGUGGAGUUGGCUGUGAUCUGGAACACCCUUCCCCAACAUGCUGGAGCUGUGCAUAGUUGCGUUGCAGCGCUGCCGGGGAAUCUGAGACCUGAAAGUUUUGCUUCUUGGUUUUAUCUGUUUCUUUUCGCUUCCAGAGAGGAUUGACGCUGCGCGGGAUGCCAGGGGUCACGGGCUGGCUGCUUCCCGCAGUGCUGGGCUGGUUCUUUUCGCUGCCCCACAUCGGGGUCCGAGCCCAGACCGGUGGGCCGAACGAGCGCUGGCGGCAGAUGAUUCAAUGGGAGGACAACGGGCGGGUCUACAGCCUCCUCAACACCGGCUCUGAGUACGUGCCGGCCCGGCAUUCGGCGUCCCGGAGCAAUCCGAGGGUCUGGCUGGGAGGUUCCUCGAGGCGCCCCAGCGGGUCGUCCCGAGCCAGGGGCACAGGGCGGCGCCAGGCUCCCUCGCCAUCCGUCAGAGCCGGCUCGGAGACGGUGAGGGGGCAGACCAGGCACCCUUUCGGCUUCGGCCAGGUCCCGGACAACUGGAGGCAGGGCGCCUUCGGCGACCCCACCCACACCCAUCGGUACGUGCAGCCCGCCCCAAGGCAAGCCCCCCGGCCAAGGCCACGCCAGCCGCCUUACUCUGAGCCCACCUUCGCCCAAGCACCUUACCCCCGGUUCCCAGUGGGGCAGCCCCCUUACCCCAACUCUUACGACCCCAGCUAUGAAUAUGGGCCGUCCAGGGGCUUUGACAACCCCGACGAGAGCCCUCCCUAUCGCAGAGUGCCUUUGGAUAGCGGUGGAGGGUACCCCUACCAGCCUAGGAACCGGUAUGGCGACUAUGGAGAGAACAUCUACCCCUACAGAUACCAAGGGCAGAACCCAGUACAAGAGAGAUACAGCGUGCCCCAGUCACCGUAUGCCCACGAUGGUCUGGACAGGCGAUACAUGCACAGCCUGUACGAUGAGAGCAGGGGACAGGCGGUCACGGCAGGAGAAGAUCCUUCGUCGCUCUUGCCAUCCACAGCAUCCAGGAGUUCUGCCCUGCAGCCGGGUCCGUCCCCCGACGCCGGUCACUCGGGGCCGAGGGUUGCGAACCCCGACCUCCCACGCUCUGGUUACUACCCGCAAGCCGGCCGCAUCGUCCCGGUGGACCAGUAUCCCCCUGACCGCUCAGGCGAUCCAAACGUGGAGCAGUAUCCGUUCCAGAGAGCGCUUCCCAAUGGUGAGAUGGACCAUGGCCGUCUGGUGCCUGGGCCAAGGUUGGCCUUCGGAAGUGUCUACCGACCAGAUCGCACUGGCAGAGGUCUGCCAGACCUAGUGCCGGACCCACACUACGUCCAAGCUGCCACCUACGUGCAGAGGUCCCACCUGUAUUCCUUGCGGUGUGCGGCGGAGGAGAAGUGCUUGGCAAGCUCUGCCUACAAUGCUGACACCACAGACUAUGAUAUCAGGGUCCUGCUGAGGUUUCCCCAGAGAGUAAAGAACCAGGGGACAGCGGAUUUCCUUCCGAAUAGACCACGGCACACUUGGGAGUGGCACAGCUGUCACCAGCACUAUCACAGCAUGGAUGAGUUCAGCCAUUAUGACCUACUGGAUGCUGCUACUGGCAGAAAGGUGGCUGAGGGUCACAAGGCCAGUUUUUGCCUGGAGGACACCACGUGUGACUUUGGUCACUUGAAGCGUUAUGCCUGCACAUCGCACACUCAGGGACUGAGUCCUGGUUGCUAUGACACCUACAAUGCAGAUAUUGACUGUCAGUGGAUUGACAUUACAGAUGUCCAACCUGGGAAAUAUAUUCUAAAGCUUCAAGUAAAUCCCAACUAUCUUAUACAAGAGUCGGAUUUCACUAACAAUGUUAUCAGAUGCAACAUUCACUACACAGGACAAUAUGUUGCCGCUACAAAUUGUAAAAUAACACAGUCUUGAUCUGCCCGUUUUGAAUUUCAAAACACGACAUACACCGAGCAAACAUCUGGUGUGGGUGGAACUUUAUCGUACAGCAGCUGUGGUUUGGUAGUUGUCACUGGGAAUCAGUCACAACCAAAGAAUCCAGCAGCAACACAAAAAGAGCUGUGGACCACGAGCCAACCGCCACCAAGUAUAAAUCUCUGCAUGGACUAGUCAGCAAGGGUGUGUGGGCAUCUGGAAAAGGCGCUGUUAAUUAGCAUCUCUGUUGCAAUCUAAACGUGCCUAUUAGAAAAAAGUAUUCAGCUCUUUUGCACUUCUAAGUAUAUAAGAAAUUGGUGCAAGCAUUUGCAUAAGCCUUCCUCACCAUUCAGUAAUUGUGGCUGAACUUCAACACCAGUACUUUCCUGCAUAAUCUCCCCUCCAACAUGCAUUCAAAAAUCUUCCCACUUCAGUUUUGACUGUGGUGUAUAUGCUCCUUGUGGUGAAAACUUCAAAUGUUUAUAACCUUACAACUGUCAAUUAAGAUUGUCCAAUGUUCCAGCAUUCUAUUUGGACAAGUCUUCUCAGAAAAUGUAGAGAAUAUUGGCCAAUCCAAUACCUCUAUUGGAUAACUGUCAUAUCUUAAGGUCUAGUUCGUCAUGCGAUGACUCAUUUAGAAACAGGCUCUUUGGCCCAUUGAACCCGUGCUAACCAUCAACAAUUUAGUUAUGCUCAUCCUACACUAAUCCCUCUUUAUUGUCCAUAUAUCCUUAUCAACAACCCCCCCACCUGAAUUCUACCACUCACCUAUACACUAAGGACAAUUUACAGUGGUCAGUGAACCUAAUAUCUUGAAUGCCUUUAGAAACUGGAGCAUUGGGAAGAGACUCUCCCAGUCACAGGGAGAAUGUGCAAACUCCGCACAGAUAACACCAGAGUUCAGGACUGAACCUCAGCCUCUGUUGCUGUGAGACAACAAUUCUACAGCUGCACCGCCAUGUCAACCUAAUCCUCGAUGCUUUUUUUAAUUAGUGAGAUUUAGUAAUCCUCAACUUCUUGUCAUUGCCAGAGCAGGCUUAAGGAGUUGAAUAAGCCACUCCUGCCCAAAGUCUUAGCACCUAUAAUGGGGUUACACAGGCAGAGAGCAUUAACCUGCCUUUUUCCUUCACCCAUGAUUACUGACCUGCUCUCUAUCCACACCACAGUCUGUUCAAAUUUCAAGCUCCCAUUCUUAUUAUCCUACCCUCUGUUUUGUAAAAAAAUUGACUGCCGACAAUCCAAAUUUAAUAUGCCCAAGAUUGCUGGUACAGUGCAGGAAGGGCAACGAGCCCUGCAGAAUCAGAGUAUGUGUGGCCUCUUCAACAAAACCAAUAUUCAAGUUGACUGGAUAAUAUCCCAAAGAGGUAGUGUCUGGGGGAGCAGAAUGGGAGCUCUGUACGUGAUUCACCAUAUGAAUCUCUCAGUUAAUGCUAAACUUGCUUCAGACUUCUAAGCCUCCUUAAAAAUGGUAUUUUAAAUUUUAUUUAUUUGGAGACACAAGAUGGUAAAAGGCCCUUUCAGCCCAUGAGCCCAUGCCACUGAAGAACACCCAUGUGCCCGAUUAACCUACUAACCUAUAUGUCUUUGGGAUGUGGGAGGUAAAAGAGCACUCGGCAGAGACCCACGGGUCACCGGGAGAACGUGCAAAUUCCGUACAGACAGUGGUGGGAGUAGAACUAGGGUUGCUGGUGUUGCAAACGGUUACACUAACCACCAUGCUACCGUGAUACCACUGUGUGUUUUUGUAAGUUUUCUUUCUUCCCAUCACCCUCUCUCCCCCCCCCCCCCCCCGCAACAUCCUCUCAUGACACAAUUCAUUUGUCCAAUGGAUCCUGAAAUUCGGGAACGCAGUUUCACUGGAACCUGAUUGCCCUCCUUACACUGUGUCCUUAAUUUUCCUUCCUGUAUGAUGCAUAGUCCACACUCAUAUUGCACCCUUAAGAUGAGAUUUUCCAAGCUGUGUCUUAUCAGAUAGGGUUUUACCCUGAGGAGCGUAACAGGAAGGCGAGGAAAGCUGGCUGAAAGUUUGGUCAAAGAUGUGCUUUCUAAGGGAGCCCACAAAUUCUUUGCAGAGGUAUGGGAAGGAAAUACAGAGCUUAGAGUUCUUCAUGGAACAUCACCCUUAUACAUCCUGUGUUGGGGGUGAAUAGAUGACCAAAAUGUAAUUCAGCAAGCUAUCAGGGUUUAGCAGCAUCUGAGGUAAACGAGUCACGAUAUUUAGGGAUGAAAGCCUGCAUCAGAAACUUGAUAAUUCCUCUCACCACCCCCAUACUCCUGUUGCUCAACCUGCUGAGCUCCUCCAGCAGAUUGUCAGUUGUGCCACGUUCCAGCAUUUGCAGUCUCUUGUGUCACCAAAAUGAAAUUUGAAAGAACAGUCCUAAACAGUGCUAUUUUAUUAAGUUUUAAGCUCUGUAUCAGGCACACUUUAUGCUUAUAGAUAAUUGAUCAGACCGUCUGCCAUUCCAAAUCUCCUCACCUAGGUCCAUCUAUCGCAUUGCAAUUCAAAGGUCAUCUGCCAGUCAACACCUCUUCACCUCAGUUCAUCUAUCGUAUCACAGUUCUUGCCCAUCCUUCUGUCUUCACCUCGUGUUAUUGGCUAUCUCCCCUUCACACUUCAGUCCAGAGAAAGGGUUUGGAUCCAAUGUCCAUUUCCCUCUACAGAUGUUGCCUGACCCUCUGGAGUUCCUUCAGUAGCUGCUCUGGAUUCCAGCAUCUGCAGUCUCUGGUAUCUGUGUCUCACAUUUCUUUACUGAUAUAAAAACUAAGCCACACGGUAUUCUUGAUGUUUAAUUCAAAACGUUAAUUAUGUAGAAAAGCUUUGAAACACAUGACCAUGAUCAGUCUGGAUGUAGUGAACAGGAGAGUGAAUGGGUUUGGUGGAGCUGCAUGGUAGGGACUAGCAUAGACUCAAUGGGCCAAAUAGCCUCCUGUGUCAGAACAACACUAUGACUUGAACAAAUUUUGUGCAUCAGUGAAAAAUAUAUUCUCCCCUAUUUCAACAAUGUUGAAUUACCUUUCAGUUAAAUAGAAUUAUGUUGGCAUUUGGAGUGAGCUGCAGGUGAAAGUGGUGGAGGCAGCAAGUCACAUCAUUAAGAGACAAGACACAGGAGAAUGCAGACGCCGGAACUUGGAGGCAAAGACGAAGGGUGUAUUUUGGGUUGGGGCCCGACAUCAGGACAUGAGCAAGUGCUGCUCAACAUUUAAGAGGCAUCUAUACAGACACUUGAAGAGCAAGGCAUAGAGGGAUAUGGAAUUUUUGAAGGAUUAGUAUAGCUAGGUGUGUUGGUCAGCAUUGACACAGUAGAAAAUGCCCCUUUUCUGUGCUAUAUACCUCUAUGAGUUGAAGUUAUGAAGUUAAAAGUAAGCUUGAUCAUUCUGAGAGAAGCAUAAAAAUGAAAUGUUUAUCAAAUAUAUUUGUUCCUGUUCUCUAGUGACCACUAGGUCACCAGGACUGUUUCACAUUGUUUUCUUGUGCCGCUGAAUUAAUAGUGAAGUACAUUUUGUACAGGUCACUGCAGAGAGCUAUCUUAAUAUCUCCACUGAGUCCAGUCCUGCAAGACAGCUGACCUAAUCUUUUUGUUUUAAGGUAAAACUGAUUUUAGAGUAACCUGCUCAGUAACUUGUUGCAAAGUCACAGAGCUAACUAAUUCCUGACAUUAGCCUGGAACUGACUGGUGAUUAAGGGAAUGUUAAUGAUCUUAUAUUUUCCUAGAAUAUUACACAAUUCUGAACUCUGGAUUAAACACUGCAUUACCUGUCAAGGCUAAUUAUGUUUUCUACCAAUUUUACAUAAAGAAAAUGUUGUUCUAGCUGGAACUUUUCAAGGCUUUGGGGAAGUAUUGUUCACUUUAUUCUCAGAGAUUAGAAAUUCGAAGAUACUUUUGCAAUCAAGUAAACUAAAUCCUCUAAUAUGUUAAACACCUUUGAAUCAGGAGCAUAAGGGCAGCUCCAUAAUCAUUUCCUCCCAGCACCUCCAAGGCCCUGAGGAUGUAGUGUGUAUUAUAUACAGAAUGCUUCAAUUCAUUUGUUCGCUUCAGUUGCUAACAGGAUUUGCAUUUUUUUGUCUUUCUCUUGCACAUCGAGUGUUGGUCUUUUACUUAUUUUUUAAAUUCUUUUUUCUUCUAAUCGGGCUCUUUUGGGUUUCUUGCUUUCUGGCUACCUGUGAGCAAGCAAAUCUGAAGGUUGUGUAAUUUAUACAUUCUUUGACAAUAAAUGAAUCUUCAGUCUUGAAUGCCGCGCAGGAACUUGCUCAGGCCAGUUCAACAGCACCUUCCAGACCCGGAUCCUUUGCCAGUAGGAGGAACGUGGAGGGGGGGUGGGGCGCGGUGAGUCUGCCAGCUCCUGCAGGCUCCUCAGUCACACACCAUCUUGUAUAUCAGAUUGCCUCUUGACUGCUGAGUCUACACCCUGAAACUCCUUGAAGGAACCUCAUCAGAAGGAUUACAGCAGUUUGAGAUGGUGGCUCACCAUUGUCUUCUCAAGGGCGAUUUGUGACGGUCAAUAAACUUAGUUGUCAAUGAAAGCCCAUAUCUCAAAAAAUGAAUAAAUUAGGAAACAACAGCUUACAUUUAUUUGAUUCACAGAAAAGAUAAUUUACAUUACAGAAAGAGGCUUUUCAGCCCAUUAUGCCAGUGUUUUUUGAAGAUAGCAUCUCAUCUUCAUCACAUCCCCACCAAUGGGUCUGUAGCCCUACGGAUUCAGGGACACAUCUAAAUCUGUUUUGAAUGUGGUGAGUGUUUCCCUACUAACCUCUCAGGUUUAGAGUUCCAGAGCCCCUUGGUAUCUAGGUGAAAAGAAUUUCCCUAAUCUUCCUACUUGUUCUUCAUUUAUUUAGCUUAAAUCCUAUAACCUCCUGUGACCUAUAGGCAAACAGCUUUUGAAGAUGAAGCAUUUAGAAUAUGCGACAGUAAAUCUGUGCACAGCAGGCUCCCACGGAAUACGCACCCGCUGAUUUGUGUUAAAUACUGGCUGGGAGAAGCUAAUUCUUUCUCAUCGGUGCUGUGUGAUCCUUACUGCUCAACAGAGAGAGCAGAUAUUUUCAUCCCACCUCCAAGACAUGAGAAGUUCUCCGAAAGGGUUUCUUCACAAUGUAUUUCGUAGGAUGAAAGAGAGAGUGGCCUAUUAUUCCCACUCUUUGAACAAUGCACGUUCUUGACAUGAAACACUGAUAAUUCUCUUCAAAGUACAAAGUUAAAAGAUUUGUUUUCAAAUUCUGUAUAUGUUAUCAUUUACUAUCUUGAGAUUUAUUUUCUUGCAGGCAUUUAAGGAAAAAAUAAAUAUAAUAGAAUUUUAAGAAAACCCAUACAUGAAUAGACAGACUGACAAGCAACCAAUGUGCUAGAAAACUCUGCAAAUAAGAAUAAUACUGAGAGCAUCAGUUGGAAAGAGUCCUUGAAAGUGAGUAUGCAGGUCAUCAAAUCAUUUCAGAGUAUUGGUGAAUAAAAUUAUCCAAGCCAGUUUAAGGACCUAAUGAUUGUAGGGUAAUAACUAUUCCUGCACCUGGUGGUAUAGGGCUGAAGGCUUUGGUACCUCCUGCCUGAUGGUAGUAGUGAGAAGAGGGCAUGGCCUGGAUAGUGGGGGUCUUUGAUGACAGAUACUGCUUUCUUAGUCAUAGUCAUACUUUAUUAA